AUGGAUUAUCUCAUACUAGUCAUUGCAUUUUCCACAGUUUGGAUACUCAUUCGUGCCCUCAAUUCUGCCGUCCUAUCCCGCCGGAACUCACCGGCGGCCCCGCUGCCUCCCGGCCCGCCCCGUCUCCCCGUCCUAGGAAACCUCGUCCAACUCCGCGGCGGGUCCCCCUACCAAACACUGUCCGCUUUCGCCAAAACAUAUGGCCCCGUCAUGUCUCUCAAGCUCGGAACCGUCACCACCGUGGUCUUCUCCACCGCAGACGCCGCCAAAGAGGUUUUGAGCAAACACGACGCCGUCUUUGCCGACCGGGCGACCCGCCACGUCAUCAAAGCGCUCGACCACCACAAGGCCUCCGUCAUAUGGUCGCCGGCGUCCGCCAACUGGCGCAACCUCCGCAAGAUCUUGAUGGUGCAAAUGUUCGUGACCCACCGCCUCAACGCCAGCCAGCACCUCCGCCUGCAGAAGGUGCAGCAACUGCGCGAGCACUUGCGCCAGAGGAGCCGGAGUGGCGGUGCCGUGGAUGUCGGCGGAGCAGUGUUCACGACGCUGCUGAAUAUGAUAUCGAUCACUAUGUUCUCGGUGGAUUUGGCGGGUUACUGUUCGAAGGAAUCGCAGGAGUUUGAGAGACUUGUCCUUGGGGUGAUGGAUGAAGGCGCAAGGCCUAAUAUGGCGGACCUUUUUCCGGCCCUCCAGUGGAUAGAUCCCAACGGUGGGCGGAAGCGGAUGACACUGCUUUGUGAAAAGCUCAUGGGGUACUUUGAAAAAUUUAUUAAUGAAAGAUCACAGGCAGCUAGUUCGUCUUUGAGGAAUAAUGAUGUGUUGGAUGCACUUCUCAAUCCCAGUUUGGGGAAGGACUAUCAGCUUAGUCUCAAUGAUUUGAAACAUUUGUUUCUGGUAAGUGAGAACCCUACACCAAAAUGGCUUAUAAUAAUGGUCAUGCUAAGGGGAAUUGUCACUUUGAUGACCAAUUUCAAGAGUUUGAUUUCUCUUUAA